AAAUAAUUUUAUGUAAUUUUAUAUUCAAUAAGAGUUUUUGUAAGAAUAGCACCAAUUGGUGAAUACAUGACUCUCUAAAUAAAACAUGAUUUGAUUUGAUUUGAUUUGAUUUGAACAGACAACUCCUUUGCAACUAAAUACCAAAAGUAUGUCAGACGAGGAGAUGAUAUCGCAAUGUGUGUUGUUUUUUAUCGCCGGUUUUGACACGACAUCAACCACUAUAUCGUACGCCAUAUAUCUGUUGUCCGAAAGCCAGGAAUCGCAACAAAAGUUAUUUGAAGAGUCAAAGAGUAUUUUUGAGUCUAAACAAGACAUCGAUUACGAUGCCAUUGAAAGACUUGAAUACCUAAAUGCCUGUCUUAUGGAAACUCUGCGUCUGUUCCCACCGGCUCUGGCACUAGAAAGAAAGGCCUCCGAAGAUAUCACUCUUACCGGUGAUGGAGGUCCCGAUGAUUACAUCAACGUCUUUAAGGGUGAUAUAAUCCAAAUACCCGUUUGUGUAUUACAUGAAGAUCCGGAGCACUUCAAAGAUCCCAAACAGUUUAAACCGGAGAGGUUUUUACCACAAAACAUAACACAUCACCCGUACGCUCACCUCCCGUUUGGCGGCGGACCGCGUAAUUGUGUGGCCAAACGCUUGGCUUUAAUGGAGGCAAAGUUGGCUAUACUUUACUCCGUAUAUAAUUAUCGGUUUGAAAUAUGCGAUAAAACUUCGCGUCCGCCCGAACGGAACCACACUUUGGGACUAAUUAUACCGAAAGAGGUUGUGCUGAGAGUCGAGAAACGCGUUCAUUGA